AUGAGCACUGUACAUGCUGUGAAUGAUGUGGCGGCCGUCAGGCCGAUGGGACCUACCAAAGUGACACUGCAGUUUGUGGCAGUGGGUAGCGCGCCAUUAAUGAAGCGCACUAAGUUUACUGUUAAUGGCCAAGAUGAGCUAAGCGUCGUGUACAAAUUCUUAAGGAAGCAACUCCGACUAAAAGAUUCCGACUCUUUGUUUGUGUAUUGCAACAGUUCAUUCGCGCCGUCUCCUGGUCAGAGGCUAAGUUCGCUGUAUGAGUGCUUUCAAGUUGGUGAUGUCCUCGUGCUAAAUUAUAGUCUUACGCAAGCUUGGGGGUGA